AUGCCUUCACGGAAACCCAGCAAAUAUGGAAAUAAGUUCCGAUCGAGCGCGGCUUCCUUCAAUCCGAAACGAGCGAAAACGAUAGAAUUCAAUUCUCUCCGCGCUACGGAAGCCACCUCUCAAGAUGAGAAAUUCGAAGCAAUCAGACAGGCCAAUGGCAUCGACGAGUCCAUGGGCUUUCCACGCUACGAAGCCGGAGAGAAACGAGCAGGAUGGUUGAUUAAUAUGCACAGCACCUCUGUUGAGGAUCCUAAUAUUCCUGGUGGUCGAGCUGGUGUGGAUUUUUAUUUCCUGGAAGAUGAUGGUAAUAGCUUCAAGGCCACAGUCGAAUACGACCCAUACUUCCUCAUUGCUGUCAAAGGAGGGCGAGAAGCAGAAGUUGAGGAAUGGUGUCGAAGGAUAUUGGAUGGUGUGCUCAAGAGUGCUCGGAGAGUUGUCAGAGAAGACCUACAGAUGCCCAAUCAUCUACUUGGAAAUCGAAGGACGUUUUUGCAACUCAGUUUUGCGAACGUCGGCAAUCUGCUAGAGGCUCGAAAAUUGCUCAUGCCAAUUGCUGAAAAAAAUAAAAAGAACGUGACCGCUAUGGAUACAUAUGCUGAGAUGGCCAGAACAUCUGCUGGCUUUGAUCUCUUUGACGAUGAGAUUGACGAUAUACGACCUAAUGCCACCUUGAAUGCGAGCGAUUUUAUCAUUGAUAUUAGAGAAUAUGAUGUGCCUUACCAUGUCAGAGUUGCUAUCGAUAAAGAUAUUCGAAUUGGAAAAUGGUACAAUGUGGAAGCGAAACAUGGAGUUACAAAGUUAACAUGCAUUGAAGAGCGGCUUCAAAGAGCUGACCCCGUGGUCCUCGCAUUCGAUAUCGAAACAACCAAGCUUCCCCUGAAAUUCCCGGAUGCUGUCAUUGACCAGAUUAUGAUGAUUUCUUAUAUGAUUGAUGGAAGUGGAUUUUUGAUUACCAAUCGCGAGAUCGUCUCUGAAGACAUUGAUGACUUCGAAUACACACCUAAACCAGAAUACAACGGGCCGUUUGUAAUUUUCAAUGAGCCCGAUGAACGCCAUGUCUUGGAGCGGUUUUUCAGUCACGUGAAAGAGGCAAAGCCUACAGUCAUUGCAACUUACAACGGCGACUUCUUCGAUUGGCCCUUCGUCGAAGCGCGCGCAAGUGUUCUAGGUAUCGAUAUGUAUGCUGAAAUCGGCUUCAGAAAGAAUAGCGAGGACAUCUAUCAAAGCGAUCAUUGCGCUCACAUGGACUGUUUUGCUUGGGUUAAUCGAGACAGUUAUCUUCCACAAGGCAGCAGAGGUUUGAAAGCUGUUACAGUGGCCAAACUAGGAUAUGAUCCAGAUGAACUAGAUCCGGAGCUUAUGACUAGGUACGCUAGUGAACGACCGCAAACGCUGGCUGAAUACUCAGUAUCCGAUGCCGUUGCGACAUACUACCUUUAUAUGAAGUACAUACAUCCUUUCAUCUUCUCGCUCUGCACCAUUAUUCCGCUAAACCCGGAUGAUGUCCUCCGAAAGGGCACAGGAACGCUGUGUGAGAUGCUUUUAAUGGUACAAGCAUACAAGGGCGAGAUCAUUCUUCCCAACAAACACAAGGAUCCACCAGAAGCAUUCUACGAAGGCCAUCUUCUUGACUCCGAAACAUAUGUGGGUGGCCAUGUGGAAAGUAUUGAAGCCGGUGUUUUCCGUAGCGAUAUACCUGUCAAUUUUGCCGUAGACGCCACGGCCAUUGAUGAACUGCUAAGCGAUCUUGAUGCCGCAUUGAAAUUUAGCAUCGUGGUGGAAGAGAAGAAGUCAUUAGAGGAUGUCACCAAUUAUGAAGAAGUGAAGGCUCAGAUAGUUGAACGGUUGACGAGUUUGAAAGAAACGCCAAAUCGCUCCGAGCGGCCACUCAUUUACCAUCUUGAUGUUGCUUCAAUGUAUCCAAACAUUAUGACUACGAACCGUUUACAACCUGACUCUAUGAAACAAGAGUCUGACUGUGCAGCGUGUGACUUCAACCGACCAGGGAAGACUUGUGAUCGUCGGCUUCCAUGGUCGUGGCGAGGCGAGUUUCUGCCCGCCAAACGAGACGAAUACAAUAUGAUCCGGCGCGCUGUCGAGAAUGAGAAGUUCCCGGGGAAGAACAAGAAUGCCCCCAUGCGUUCUUUUGCAAAUCUGCAGACAGAAGAACAAGCCGCCAUUAUCAAAAAAAGACUACAAGAAUACAGCAAAAAAAUCUAUCACAAAAUCCACGACAGCAAGACGAUAGAGAGGGAGGCUAUUAUAUGUCAACGGGAAAAUCCCUUCUAUGUCAAUACUGUUCGCGACUUUCGUGACCGAAGAUAUGAUUUCAAAGGGAAGCAAAAGGUGUGGAAGGGCAAGACAGAAUCCUUGAAGUCCGCCGGCGCAUCAAAUGUCGAGAUUGAGGAGGCGAAAAAGAUGAUCGUUCUAUUUGAUUCUCUUCAAUUGGCACACAAAGUCAUCUUGAACAGCUUCUACGGCUAUGUUAUGCGCAAAGGUUCACGCUGGUAUUCCAUGGAGAUGGCUGGAGUCACUUGUCUAACGGGCGCUCGGAUUAUUCAAAUGGCCAGAGAGCUAGUUGAACGCAUCGGCCGACCUUUAGAACUCGACACGGACGGUAUUUGGUGUAUGCUUCCAGCUACCUUCCCCGAAAAUUUCGCGUUUUCCCUCAAAAAUGGAAAGAAAUUGACUAUGUCGUACCCCUGUGUGAUGCUUAAUCAUCUUGUUCAUGGACGAUUCACGAAUCACCAAUAUCAAACUCUCAUUGACCCAGCAUCGUUUAAAUACGAAACAAAGAGCGACAACUCAAUCUUUUUCGAAGUUGAUGGACCGUACAAGGCUAUGAUUCUGCCCGCAUCUAAGGAAGAAGACAAAAACUUGAAGAAACGUUAUGCAGUCUUCAAUGACGAUGGAUCACUUGCAGAGCUCAAAGGAUUUGAAGUCAAACGCCGAGGUGAGCUCAAGCUCAUCAAGAUCUUCCAAACGCAAAUCUUCAAGUUCUUCUUGGACGGAAAAGACCUAGCCGAAACAUAUCAGUCAGUUUCUCGCGUGGCAAAUAGGUGGCUUGAUGUGUUGUAUGAACAUGGGGCAACUCUUGCUGAUGAAGAACUCAUUGACUUGAUUUGCGAAAAUCGAAGCAUGUCCAAGACGGUGGAAGAGUAUGGCUCACAAAAGUCAACAUCUAUCACAACCGCCAAACGACUGGCCGAAUUUCUUGGGGAACAAAUGAUCAAGGACAGAGGUCUCAAUUGUCGUUACAUUAUCUCAUCCAAACCAAGAAGUGCUCCUGUCACAGAACGAGCCAUUCCUGUUACCAUAUUCUCUGCAGAGGAGAAUGUCAAGCGAUUCUUCUUGCGCAAAUGGCUCAAGGAUGACCCUGGUGACAUGGAUCCUCGUUCUGUGAUCGAUUGGGACUACUAUCUCGAACGAUUGGGUUCGGUUAUCCAGAAGCUGAUUACUAUUCCAGCUGCACUUCAAAAAUUGGGUAAUCCUGUUCCCAGGGUCCAGCAUCCCGACUGGCUUCAACGGCGGAUCAACAUGAGAGAUGACAAGUUCAAGCAAAAGAAAAUGACCGACAUGUUCGAAAAGAACCCCCUUUCUGAGAUGUCGACUAAUAUACUGGAUCAUCGGGUGCAUCACACCGCUGAUAUUGAGGACGCAGCAACACAAGCAACCGAUAAGAAAAGAUCAUCACCUUCUAGCAAAAUGGUACAGAAGCGAAAGUUGCCUGAGGGUCCUCCGACAACAUCGCUUGACCCCUAUGCCAGUUUACCAGCUGUUAUGCCAUCUAUCAACGAGGAUUAUGAAGGUUUCAUUAAGUAUCAGAAGCAAAAGUGGAAGAUUCAGAAGCAAGCUCGAAUUCGGAGAAGACAGCUUUUUGGAGAGAAAUCAAAGCUUGCAACUGACUCUCUAAGUAACUUUUUCCGGAAUCAAGCAGAGUUACUGUUCAUCAGCACAUGGACAGUUUUGCAGCUUAGAGAAACAGACGUUCCCGGAGAAGUGCGAGCAUUUGUGCUGAUUGACCGCAAAGUACAUGCUCUAACCGUCAGGGUUCCGCGGCAACUGUUCAUCAACUUUAAGGAUGAUUCUCUACCGGAAGUCGAGCUUCCUGACUGCGAGGUAGAAAAGGUCAAUAAUACUCUGCCAAAUGGCCACCCUUCGGUUCAUCUCUUCAAGUUGACAUUGCCGGAGGAUGUCUAUUUAAGAGAGUCGGAAAAAAUAGCCGCUCUGCUUAAUCAUCCUAGUGUCGAGGGUGUCUACGAACGUAAUGUUCCACUCACUGUUCGCGCUGUCAUGAAGCUGGGAAGUACCUGUACGUUUGAUGAGAAUCAACGAGGGGUUCUCGGUGACGGCUUAGAUCGCGGCUUCGAAUUGUCAUCCUUAUUGCACGCAUCUUCUGAAACCCCUUACUUGGAAGGCCCAUCUUUAACAUACUACUACUUAUACCACAUCACGUCUGGCGAUCGACAAGUCUUCGCCCUUUUCUCAACCGCCAAGAGUGAGGCUAAUAUUGUAAUCUUGAACCGCAAUCGUGAUGCUCAAGGCUUGCCGAAUGUCGAUAAAAUUUAUGCGGAGCUCCUAGGCCGCAAAAUUGCAGCAAACACUGAAGCCUCGACAGGCGCAUUCGACUAUCAGGAAAAGAUACGUUUCAAAACUACUCAAGUGACUACUCAGCGCAAAGCUUUUCUAGAGAUCAGUGAUCUCAUAAAGAAAUUGCGCAGCGAAGAGAUGCAGCCUGUGGUGUUUGUAAUUCAGUCCCAGCAAAGACGAAAGCUGAGCCAUGAUAUUUCAAUUCUUAGGGAAUAUCCCAUCCUAUCUGUCAAGCCAGAACUUUCAGACAUGGAUAUGCCACCGCUGGGAUGGCAGUCAUUCAUUGCGAAGCGGUUGGUGACCCACUAUUUGUAUUUGGGUUCGUGGAUUCAGCAUCUCAAACUACUUGCACGUUAUGGAGAUGUUCCUGUCUGUAAUUUGGAGGGUGAUGAUCCUCGGUAUUUGAUAGACGUCUCGUAUGCAAGGCGACUUGAGAAAAGCAAUGUUGUGCUGUGGUGGUCAGCAGGACCGCGACCAGACCAUGCUGGGUUUGAGAAGGAUGAUAUCCUAGGGUCUCUUGAUACAGUCGAGAUGCCUUGUAUCAAUGUACCAGGCACCUAUACAACAGUCUCUAUUGAGCUCGAAGUACGAAAUCUCGCAAUAAACACCAUUCUUACAUCGUCAAUUAUCAACGAGUUGGAAGGCAGUGACGCACUUCUCGCUUCCGGCAUUGAGACAGGUGAUGGGAGUGGAGUACUCUACUCGGAGAAGGCCUUUGCAUCUGCGGGCGUUUUUGUCUUGCGUGAGAUGGUCAAACAAUGGUGGGCAGAGGCAUGUGCAGGCAACACAAUGGCCGAUGUUAUGGUUCAACAUCUGGUCCGCUGGGUAGAAAGCCCCAGCUCAUGUCUCUAUGAUCGAUCGUUGCACUAUUAUGUUCGAAUGAUGUCUAGAAAGUCAUUUCAGCAAUUGAUGGGAGAUUUUCGUCGCGUCGGUUCGAAUGUUGUCUUUGCUAGCCCAACACGACUGCUGCUACAAACAACUAAAACAGAAGUUGGCACGGCGUAUGCUUAUAGUCAGUACAUCUUGAAAUCUAUCAGAGCCAAUCCGGUCUUUCAUUUCAUCGACCUGGAGCUCAAGGAGUACUGGAACUUUCUGGUAUGGUACGAUGAGUUCAAUUAUGGGGGCAAGGGCUGUCAAGAGGUGGUUGAGGCGGAAUCUCAACAGCUCGAAACCGUUAUGCAUUGGCAGAUGAGCCGAUUUCUACCAAUCCCUAUGCAGGAAGUCUAUCAUGACUGGGUAAUCGAAUAUAUUGAUCUAAUGCACGGACUCAAACGAGGAGAUGAGGAUAAUCCUUCUACGCCUCGACUUACCCAGAUACCUAAACGUCUGACGGAGACAGACGAUGAAGUAACGUCGAUUCUCACAGAAGGCUUCUCCAAACCUUUGAAGAAACAAAUUGUGGGUUUGAUCCGGCGACAACGGGAUGAACUUCUCCAUCCCGAGCUUGCAUCAGACUAUAUAUUUCCCGUGUUACCAGGAGUUUUGGUUGAUCCAAACAAGGAGAAUCGAAAUCCCGUGCUGGAGCUUGUGAAGUUACUCAUGCAGGUCCUCAGUUUGUCUAAAAUCACGACGCUAGAGACGCGAAUUUUGCGCCGCGAAUUGUUAGCAUUGUUUGAGGUCCGUGAAUUUAGCAAGGAGGGACGAUUCGAAAACCCCAGUGCCAGCUUGAAACUGCCAGAAUUAACGUGCAGCGCUUGCUGCUUGAUACGCGACUUGGAUCUAUGUCGAGAUGAAGAUGUUCUUCCAGAUACAAACACUGAUAACAAAAAAACAUCUCCCAAGGCUUGGCGCUGUCCCUUUUGUCAAACCGAGUACGACCGUCUGGCGCAAGAAGAACGACUCAUUGGGGAGGUGUAUGGCAUGGUAGUCUCGUGGCAAGCGCAGGAUCUGAAGUGCUCCAAAUGCAAUAGUCUCAAGGUCAGCGCUUUCAUGGAGCACUGCUCCUGCAGUGGCGAGUGGACUACGACAAUAGACAGAAACGAAGUUCUCAAAAAGCUGCGUGUCAUGCUUAGUGUAGCUAAGUAUCAUGAUAUGAAGCUUCUCGAAGGAGUUUCUGAAGAUGUUUUGCAGCAAAUGUAA